AUGACCGUGACCAUCCGAAACGUCAACCUCGGCGAUUCAGGGCGAUACACGUGCCGACUGGAGAGAGUGCCGAGGCUGUGGGUGUUUGGGGAAUAUAGUGUUGACAUCCUCGUCAAUUCGAAGCCUAUGGACGUGAAGUCUACUCUAGAGCCACCAGCUUCAUACGAAUAUUUUCAUCUUUUUACCUUGCUUCUGAUUCCUGCCAUCAUCGCCGCAGUUUUCUUUCUGAGGUUCUACAGGAAGAAGUCAAACAAAGAUGGAGAGCUCGCAGGCGGGGCAUCGGGUCCAGGCGCAGGGAUUUCUAUGUACCAAAACACUCCACGUCCUGAGUCCACAGACCAGACUUACCAAAAACUCUGCUCGAGCACAUGA